AUGGAUUUCAUGAAGGUGCUCGAUCAGACCGUCCGAGAGAUUGGUGAAUGUGCAAUGAUUAUGAAUGUGUUGUGGCAACGGCUGGGGAACACUGGUGCAAAUUGGCGCCAUGUGUAUAAGGCAUUGGCUGUGAUUGAGUAUCUUCUGGCUAAUGGAACUGAACGUGUUGUCGACGAAAUUAUUGACAAUAGCUCACAGAUUGCGAAACUUACAAGUUUCGAGUAUGUGGAGCCUAAUGGAAAAGAUGUUGGGCUCAACGUGCGAAAGAAGGCUGAAAAUGUUCUAGCUACUGUGGAUGAUAGGGAGAAACUUCAGCAAAUCAGAGAGAAGGCUGCUGCUACGAGGGAUAAGUACUUUGGUUUGUCAUCAACUGGAAUAACGUACAAGUCAGGCGCAGCAUCUGGCAAUGGCAGCUACUCAUCUGGUAGUCACUAUGGAAGCACACAGAGUUCAAAAGAAGCUGACACAUCCAGUAAUAGCUACAGAGGCAAGGAAUGGAGUAACCAAAGUAAAGGAUCAAUUUCAAAAUUUAGAAGUACUAGACAAAUGUCGAGAAAAAACACAAACAGUGCAACUAACUAUAAGCCAAUAAAGGGAGAACGGCGUCACAGGAGAAAUCAAGAUUCUCCAACAUCACACCUGAAAUCAUCAUCAAAUCUUCAUUCCACAUCUGGAGGAACAAUUUCACAGAAAGCAAAUAAAGACGACGACGAUGACUUCAACCCUCGAGGACCUUCCACAUCUGGAACAGCUAAUGUGAGCUCUAAUCAUAUGGAUCUCUUUGGACCAAGUUUAAUGGAUGACCUUGUGGACACCACUGCAUCUACUUCAAGAGCUCUGCCACGUGCUGGAAUUGCUUCUGUGCCAGAAGUUGAUUUAUUUGCUAAUGCAGAUUUCCAUUCUGCUACUCCAGCAACUGGUUCUCACGCACAGGACAUUAUUGAUCUAUUUGCGGGCAGAUCAUCAUUUGCUGAUUCCAUUAAUUCAGAUACAGAAUUCUCAGGACGCGGAAGUAAUAAAUCCUCAGAGCAUAAUCCAUCUUGCCUUGCACAUUCUUCAGCCUCUGUUUCUGAUCCCUUCCAACCAUUCUUUGCAACAUCAUUCCCUUCGGACAUAGAGUUCUCAGCGCGUGACACCCCAGACAAAUCUAAAAACCCAAUUCACCAGCAUUCCAUUGCUGCAGAUUUUGAUCCUUUUGCUGCAAUUGCAGUGAGGAAUCUUGAUGGAUCUGACUCCGAUGUAUUCUCUUCAAAUACAGGUUCAGGUCUUAAUGAACCAAGACAUGAUCCUCCUGUAAGUGUCAAAAGUUCCGAUCAUAGUCCUUUAGAGGAGCUGAAUUUUGGUGCCUUCACUUCACAUACGGAAUUGCCUAAAGCAAUUGCUAUCAAAUCCUUGAACAAAUCACCCACAAAGCCGGAGCCGGCCUCUAUGUCAGCAUCAAAAACAGAUGUGAAGAAAGGAGUCUUUCAGGUCAAGUCUGGCAUAUGGGCUGAUUCUUUGAGUCGUGGCCUGAUUGAUCUGAAUAUAACUGCCCCAAAGAACAGGGGCGAAGGUAGAGCCCAAAGGAUCCGAGUGCACACUUGA